CCGGCGUUGCGAGAUCCUCCCGGGGGUGCUGCGGGAGCUGGGGGGUGGGUUGCAUCCGCGCCCCGAGGGAGCCGGGGCUUGCAGCCGGUUGGGGUGGGUUGCGGCUGCAGGGUGGGAGGCCUACGUAUUUUCGUGGGGGCGAGGUUGCGGCGCAGAGUUUACCAUAUUUCUCCAGGGUCGCUCGGGCCACGGGAGUUUGCACGGUUGUGUGCGAAGGUCGGGUGGGUGGGGCCAGCUGUUUUGAUUCAUGCAGCUAUUUCAUAAAAACGGCGGUGCGGGAAGCUGGCCGUCUUUAUGGGGGCGAGGGAGAAGGGGCGCGGGAGUCGCUGCGGGAGAGUUACCGUAUUUGCGCUGGGCAGCGCAUACUCUAGAGGAAGGAGCCACUGCUGGAGACCGGAGGAACAGGGGCGCAGCCUGGGCUGGGCUGGUGACUGCGGCUGGAAGCGCCCAUGACAGAGCUGGCGUCCUCGGGGGGCGGGUCCCCUGCGGGGGACGGGGAGGAGGGCCUGGGGGACGAGCGAGGCCUGGUCAUCCACCACCCCGCGGAGGAGCAGCCCCACCGCUGUCCGCUGUGCGGCCAGACCUUCUCGCAGCAGCCCAGCCUGGUGCGGCACCAGAAGGCGCACGCGGGGGGCGGCCGCGCGGCCGCCUUCGUGUGCCCCGAGUGCGGCAAGGCCUUCAGCGUCAAGCACAACCUCGAGGUGCACCAGCGCACGCACACCGGCGAGCGGCCCUUCCCCUGCCCCGAGUGCGGCCGCUGCUUCAGCCUCAAGCAGAACCUGCUCACGCACCAGCGCAUCCACAGCGGCGAGAAGCCGCACCAGUGCGCGCAGUGCGGCCGCUGCUUCCGCGAGCCGCGCUUCCUGCUCAACCACCAGCGCACGCACGCGCGCAUGCCCGCGCCGCACCCGCGCCGGCCCGGCGUGUUCGGGGAGCGGCGGCCCUACUUCUGCGCCCGCUGCGGCAAGAGCUUCGCGCGCGAGGGCUCGCUCAAGGCCCACCAGCGCAGCCACGGCCACGCGCCCGACGGCCCCGCGGCCCAUUUAGGCCGCGUGCUCUGAUGCGCCCCGGGCCCGCCGCCGCCCGUCUCCGGCCCCGGGGCCGUGGCCACGACUCCCGGAGAGGGCGCUGGGCCGCGGCCCACGUUCUGGACGCCAUCCCUGGAGACGGGGAGGGCUGGCUCGGGGUCUUGAAGGAGUGGGCCGCUGCCCGGCUUGGGACGCCUCCUCCUGUGUCUUCUCCAUCCUCUGGCUGGGCUCUGGGCCCCUGCGUUGGUUUUCCUCCUCAUGCUCAGCCGGCCUAGAGUAGAAUGUCAGAGUUGGAAGCCACCUGGAGAGGGCCUCUCUCCACAAUGCCCAGGCCACCCCCAGCCCCCAAGGCCUCCUGGCCCCAUCACUUACUAUCUGGGGUACUUGAGAAGUCACAUCACUUCAUGACUCAGUUUUUUCAUCUAUGUGGAGUGGGCAGGCCCUCUAGGCGGUGUGUCAGGCACAUCUGGGCCCAGAGACGAGGAAUGGGACCCCGUGGGGGCCUGCCCGCUGGCAUAAGGACACGUCCCCUAAGACCUACCUCGGGAGGUGUCCUGCAGAGGGGAUCCGUGGAGCCUGGAAUUGGAGGCGGGUUCUGUGCCCUGGUGGAAAAACUCCCCCAACCUGGUGGGAGUCACAGCUGGAGAAGAGCUCGUCCUGGCGGCCCGGCCACUGUCCACUCUCCUGUGGCCACAGGGACAAUGCCUGUGUGGAGAGCCGGCUUCUCUGCACCUGCCUAAGAGAACGCAGCAAGUCGGUGGCAGACCUGGUUCUAGAGGCAAAGCCUUGCCCCAGGUGUGGCCCAUACCUGCCACAGGCUUUGCUCUCAGAGUGACCGUUCUUAGUCCGUGGGAGGCAUGAAGCCCUUGGAAAAUCUCACAAACCUUAUGAACCUUCUCCCCAGGAAAACACGCAUACUCAUGUAGACACAAAAAUCUACAAGCAAGUUCAGAGCUCCCAGACACAACCCGCCACUCAUUCUUCACCGGACA